AUGGCGACCUCCUCCUACGAGUACGGCGAAGGGCAACAGCAGCACCCGGGGCAAGACUCACUGAGUUCUUAUGACCCGAAUUAUGUUCCGGACUCGGUGAGGUCGUUCGUUGUGCACUUGUAUCGUCACAUUAGGGAGAAGAACGUGUACGAGAUUCAUCAGAUGUACGAGAAUUCGUUUCAAUCCCUCAGCGAGCGCAUGUUCAAAGACGUUCCCUGGCCUUCGGUUGACGCCGUCGCUCCGCACGUUGAUAAUGACCACGUUUUCUGCCUUCUCUACCGGGAAAUGUGGUUCCGCCAUCUUUAUGCUAGGCUUACCCCUACUCUCAAGCAGAGGAUCGAUUCUUGGGACAAUUACUGCAAUCUCUUUCAGGUGGUGUUGCAUGGAGUGGUAAAUAUGCAAUUGCCAAACCAGUGGUUGUGGGAUAUGGUAGACGAGUUCGUUUACCAAUUCCAAAAUUUCUGCCAGUAUCGGGCAAAAAUGAAGAACAAGACUGAGCAGGAGAUUGCACUUCUUAGGCAGUUUGAUCAGGCUUGGAAUGUCUAUGGUGUUCUCAACUUCCUGGAAGCUCUUGUUGAGAAAUCUAUGGUCCAUGAAAUCCUGGAGAGGGAGAAAGAAGGCCUUGAACAGUUCACAGCUACUGAUGGUUAUGAUUAUAAUGGUGGGAGUAAUGUCUUGAAGGUCCUUGGGUAUUUUAGCAUGAUAGGGUUGCUUAGAGUUCAUUGUUUGUUGGGUGAUUAUCAAACUGGCUUAAAGUGCUUGAAGCCAAUUGACAUAAGCCAGCAAGGCGUAUACACCAGUGUUAUUGGAAGCCACAUUGCUAUCAUAUAUCACUAUGGAUUUGCCAACCUUAUGCUGAGGAGGUAUGUGGAUGCUAUUCGGGAGUUCAAUAAGAUUCUGUUAUACAUUUACAAGACUAAGCAAUAUCACCAGAAAUCACCACAAUAUGAGCAGAUACUGAAGAAGAACGAGCAGAUGUAUGCCUUGUUGGCGAUUUGCCUAUCUCUUUGCCCUCAAGUAAAGCUUGUUGAUGAAACAGUUAACUCUCAACUUCGGGAGAAAAAUGGUGAAAAAAUGUUGAGAAUGCAAAGGUAUGAUGAGGAUGCUUUUGCUACGUAUGAUGAACUCUUUUCCUAUGCAUGUCCAAAGUUCAUCACUCCAUCUGCUCCGAGCUUUGAAGAGCCUCUUGUAAAUUACAAUCAGGAUGCAUACAGGCUACAGUUAAAGCUGUUUCUGUAUGAGGUAAAACAACAACAGUCAUUGGCUAGUGUCCGGACAUAUUUAAAAGUUUACUCAACAAUCUCCUUGGCAAAGCUUGCUAGUUAUGUGGAAGUGGAUGAACCUACUUUAAGGACCAUUUUGCUGACAUAUAAGCACAAAACUCAUGCUGUGGAUUCGGACGGAAAGAUAAUAUCCAAUGCUGAUGUUGAUUUUUACAUAGACGAUGACAUGAUCUAUGUCACGGAAGCUAAACCAGCUAAGCGAUAUGGGGACUAUUUUUUGCGCCAAGUUGUGAAGCUGGAAGGCGUCAUAGCUGAUAUUGACAGGAUAAAGCUGGAGGUUAUCAACAUCAUGUUAAACCUCAUGGGGGUUGCAAUGAUCAUAUACUCCCUUUGGUUCCUCAAGAAGUGGAAGCUAGGCGACAAGGCGGCGUUAGCAUCGGCUCUUCCAACUCCGUGGUUCAUUUACGCAUGUUUAGUCGUGGGAAUCAUCGUCUGCUCGAUCACAGUAAUUGGACAUAUGACAGCCAACUCUGUCAGCGAUUAUACACUUGCCAUUUUUUUGGUGUCAAUUUGCUGCCUUCUUCUAAUUCAAGCUGUAAUCAUUGUGACAGUAUUCUUCAAGAUUGACUGGAACUUGCGAGUUUCUAGAUACAUAGAUGAACACCACAAAGAGUUCAAAAGUUUUGUUCUCUUCCAUGUAUCGGUAUGUCGGACGAUCUCCAUCAUGGUUUUCGUAGCCCAGGUUGGAGUUGCUUCCCUUGCUGCUACCCUGUUGGCCGUAGGAUGUGAACCUACGAUUUGUCUCAACAACAACAACAAUAAUGGCCAUAUUAAUAAUAACCCUAAAUUUGUAUCCUCUUUUUUGGAAGAUUCAUCAUCAUUUCUAGAGGGUCAUCCUAGACUGCCUCCUCCUGAAAGAGCAAAGUUUAAGCCACAUAAUCCCUCCCAAUAUCACUAUCCAGCCAUCAUCAUGACGAAGAGCAACCCAGGUGUGAUUACAUGUAAAGCUGCGGUGGUAUGGAAGUCAGGGGAGCCACCAAAGGUGGAAACCAUACAAGUUGAUCCACCAAAAGCCUCAGAAGUUAGGAUCAAGAUGCUUUGUGCCAGUUUGUGUCACACUGACGUCUUGUGUUGCAAUGGCCUUCCUGUUCCUUUAUUUCCUAGAAUUCCUGGACACGAAGGCGUUGGAAUGGUAGAGAGUGUUGGUGAAGGUGUCACAACCCUGAAAGAAGGGGAUAUUGUGAUGCCCCUUUACUUGGGAGAAUGUGGAGAAUGCCUGAAUUGCAAGUCAGGAAAGACAAAUUUGUGCCACAAGUAUCCUUUGGGCUUUAGUGGGCUUUUAUUGGACGGGACAUCAAGGAUGUCAAUUGCGGGUCAAACAGUUUACCAUCAUUUCAGCUGUUCCACUUGGUCUGAGUACAUUGUCAUUGAGGCCCCUUAUGCUGUCAAGGUUGAUCCCAGGGUUUCUCUUCCCCAUGCUAGCUUCCUUUGUUGUGGGUUCACUACAGGCUUUGGUGCAGCCUGGAGAGAAGUCAUUAUUCCUAAAGGUGCUACUGUUGCUGUUUUGGGCCUUGGUGCUGUUGGACUCGGAGUGGUAGAGGGAGCUAGGGUGCAAGGAGCAUCUAGGAUAAUUGGAGUUGAUAUAAAUGACUUGAAAGAGGAGAAAGGGAAGGCAUUUGGAAUGACUGAGUUCAUAAACCCUAAAAAAUCUGAUAAAUCAAUUUCAGAGCUAAUUAAAGAUGUCACUGGAGGAUUAGGAGUGGACUUCUGUUUUGAAUGCACCGGUGUUCCCGCCUUGCUCAAUGAAGCCAUCGAUGCUUCAAAAGUGGGACUUGGGACAAUUGUGCUAAUUGGUGCAGGGCUGGAGCCAAGCGGAGUGAUUAAUUACAUUCCACUUUUAUGUGGAAGAGUACUGAAGGGAUCCAUCUAUGGUGGAGUUAGGCCCCUCUCAGACCUUCCUACCAUCGUAGACAAAUGUAUCAACAAGGAAAUUCCAUUAGAUGAGCUGAUGACACACGAAGUGACACUUGAUGAAAUUAACAAAGGUUUCGAAUACCUAAAGCACCCGGAUUGUGUCAAAGUGGUUAUCAAGUUCUAA